GUGUGUGUGUGUGUGUGUGUGUGUGUGUGUGUGUGUGUGUGUGUGUGUGUGUGUGUGUCACAGAUCCUCAUGGACAACAGAGCUCACAGCGGCAAAGUGAAGAUCAGUCUGAUGAACAAGGCGACCAUAAAGGAGUGUAGAGACCCCAACGUGAAAGGACACGCGGAGAAUUACGCCCGGGAGUUUUUUGACGUGGUGGUGGCGAUCGUGUGUCUGCUGUCCCUGCUGCUGUGCGGUCGCUCCAUCGUCAGAGGCGUCGUGCUGCAGAACGAGUACGUGCAGUUUUUCAAACACAGACUGGAGCGCGGUGUGAGCUGGGGGGAGCGCAUGGAGUUCAUCAACGGCUGGUACAUCCUGCUCAUCGUCAGCGACAUGUUCACCAUCAUCGGCAGCUUCAUCAAAAUCGGCAUCGAGUCCAAGAAUAUAUCAUCAUACGACAUCUGUGGCAUCCUGCUGGGGACCUCCACCCUGCUGGUGUGGGUGGGGGUCAUCCGCUACCUCAGCUUCUUCCAGAAAUACAACAUCCUCAUCGUGACCCUCAGAGCUGCUUUUCCCAACGUCAUCCGCUUCUCUCUCUGUGCAGCUGCUAUUUAUUUGGGAUAUUGCUUCUGUGGAUGGAUCGUGCUGGGGCCGUAUCAUACAAAGUUCCGCUCCCUCUCCAUGGUGUCCGAGUGUCUGUUCUCUCUGAUCAACGGAGACGACAUGUUUGUGACGUUCUCUGAGAUGGAGCACAGCGGCACGAUGGUGUUUAUCUUCAGCCAGGUGUACCUCUACAGCUUCAGCUCCCUCUUCAUCUACAUGGUGCUGUCCCUCUUCAUCGCGCUCAUCACUGGAGCCUACGACACCAUCAUGGCGCAGUCACAGGAGCAGGUGUGUGUCAGCGACCUGCACACCUUCAUCGCAGAGUGUAAGGACACGCCCAGCUCUGGAAAGUUCCGCGGGCCCGAUGGUUCGUCGUGCUCCUUCUUCUUCUGCUGCUGUGACUGAUGAGGAAGAGGAGGAGGAGGGAGAGGAGGAGGAGGAAGAGGAAGAGG